AUGGAAGAUCCCAGCUUCAGACAGCGUGGAACAAAGCCCUACAUGUGUGGGGAGUGUGGGCACAGGACAGCAAAACACACUGGUGAGAACCUCUACAUAUGUGAUGAGUGUGGGUACAAGACAGCCGAAAAGUCGAACUUGUCCAGCCAUGUCCGACUUCAUACUGGCAAAAAACCCUACAAGUGCGACCAGUGUGACUAUUCUGCAGCAUGGAAAGCCAGUUUGAACUAUCACCAUCUUGCUAAACACACAAGUGAGAAACCCUACGUUUGUGAUGAGUCACAGAAAGUCAGUUUGCAGGAACAUCUAGCAAAACACACAGGUGAAAAACUCUACGUUUGUGAUGAGUGUGGGUACAAGACAGUGGUAAAGUCAAACCUAUCCCGACAUGUUCGAAUUCAUACAGGGGAAAAACCCUACAAGUGUGACCAGUGUGACUACUCUGCAGCACGGAAAUGCAGUUUGGACCUUCACCAUCUCGCUAAGCACACUGGUGAAAACCUCUACAAUGCUUAG